GCCGGGGCGGGCAGGGGCCACGGCGCUGCCUCAUCUCUCAGCUGUCCCCUCCUGUGGGGCCUGGGGACACCGCAUUGCUGGGGGGCUGGGGGCACCAUGCCCUGUAGGGCUGGGGACAGGGCUGCCAGCAGCACCUGCAGCUCUGGGGUUUAGCCAUUUGCCACCCUACAAUCCCCCUCCUGGCUGUCCAUAGCAGGGAAACUGAGGCACAGUGGUGGUGUGAGGGGGUACAGGAUCCAUGGGGGUGCUCGGGGCUUGGGGGGCCCCCAGCACAGCCCCAGCCCGAGCUCCCCUCUCCAUCAUCCCUCCCGCCACAGGGUGGGGGGCUCUGGGAGGGGGCCAAGACCCUGGGCUCGCAGCCACCCAGCGGCGACUGGGGUGGGAGAGGAGGGAAAAGAGGUGGGAAAGAGGUGGGAUUAUGGAAAUGGGAUCCAAUGAGACACCAGCGCAGCCCGAAAAACAUGCCCCGCUCGCGGCGCAUUUAGCGCGGUGGGCAGCCCGCAGCAGCCUCUUCGUCGGGAGCCGUGCAGACGGACAGCGGGCACGGACCCCCAGCUGCCCCGCAGCCCCACAGCCCUGCGUCCCGACGGCCCCGUGGCACCGCGAUGGCCUUCGCCAAGCUGCAGAAGGUGCUGAUCAGCGACAGCCUGGACCCCUGCUGCAGGGACAUCCUGCAGGCCGGUGGCAUCCAGGUGCUGGAGAAACCCGGCCUGAGCAAGGAGGAGCUGCUGGUGGAGAUCGCGGACUGCGAUGGGCUCAUCGUCCGCUCGGCCACCAAAGUCACCGCUGACGUCCUGGAGGCGGCCGAGAGGCUGCAGGUGGUGGGCAGAGCGGGCACCGGCGUUGACAACGUGGACGUGGAGGCGGCCACCAGGAAGGGCGUGCUGGUGAUGAAUACGCCCGCCGGGAACAGCCUCAGCGCCGCCGAGCUGACGUGCGGGAUGAUCCUGUGCUUGGCCAGGCAGAUCCCGCAGGCGGCAGCCUCCAUGAAGGAAGGAAAAUGGGACCGAAAGAAGUACAUGGGCAUGGAGCUGAACGGGAAGACGCUGGGAGUGCUGGGGCUGGGCCGCAUCGGCAGGGAGGUGGCGACGCGGAUGCAGGCUUUCGGCAUGAAGACCAUUGGCUACGACCCCAUCAUCACCCCCGAGACCUCGGCCGCUUUCGGUGUGGAGCAGCUGCCGCUGGAGCAGAUCUGGCCCUGCUGCGACUUCAUCACGGUGCACACGCCGCUGCUGCCCUCCACCACGGGGCUGCUGAACGACAGCACCUUCGCCAAGUGCCGCCGUGGCGUGCAGGUGGUGAACUGCGCCCGCGGGGGCAUCGUGGAUGAGGGCGCGCUGCUGCGGGCGCUGCAGUCGGGGCAGUGCGGCGGGGCCGCCCUCGACGUCUUCACGCAGGAGCCCCCGAAGGAGCGGGAGCUGGUGAACCACCCCAACGUCAUCUGCUGCCCGCACCUGGGCGCCAGCACGCGGGAGGCGCAGAGCCGCUGCGGGAAGGAGAUCGCCAUGCAGAUGGUGGACAUGGCCACCGGGAAGGGGCUGGCCGGCGUGGUGAAUGGGCAGGCUCUGAGCAAAGCCUUCGCGCCCCAGACCAAGCCCUGGAUCGCCCUGGCCAAGGCCCUGGGCACGGUGCUGCGCACCACGGCCAAGCAAGCGCAGGGCAGCGUGCAGCUCUGCACCCUAGGGACGCCCCUGAAGGAUGCCGAGAGCUACCUGACGCCUGCCGUGGUCUCGGGCAUGCUGGCUGGAGGCAGGCAGAAGGAGGUGACCCUGGUGAACGCCCUGCUGCUGGCCCAGGAGGCCGGCCUGAAGGUCACAGCCACCCACAAUGACGAGGCCCCCGAGCCCCACGGGAGCGCUGGCUUGCUGCAGGUGUCCCUGCAGGGCACCCCGCUCCGCGUGGCAGGGACGCUGCAGGGCAGCACCCCGGUGCUGCGGGAGCUCGGCGGGGCCACCUUCAAGCAGCCAGCCCCGCUGGCCGGCCACGUCCUCAUCUACAGAGCCAAAGCCUCCGAGCCCAGCACGCUGCCCACGCUCGCUGGGCUGCUGGGGAAAGCGGGCGUCCAGCUCCAGUCCUACCACAGCUCCGGCACAGUGGCGGGGGAGCAGUGGAGCGUGGCGGGGCUCUCGGCCCCACUGCCCGACCUCACCGAGCUGAAGCCACGUGUCACGGAGGUCUUCCAGCUCCACCUGUAGCCCUGCACCACCAGCACAGGCUCUGCUCACAUCUACAGCACCCGGACCCCCCCAGCACCUGGGCGAGCACUGUGCUAAAUAAUAAAAACAUCCAGGAGA